AUGGUCCUCGCAAAGAAGCACGUCCCUAUCGUCAAGAAGCGCACCAAGACCUUCUGGCGCCACCAGUCCGACCGCUUCAAGUGUGUCCCUUCGUCAUGGCGCAAGCCCAAGGGUAUCGACAACCGCGUCCGUAGACGCUUCAAGAGCAACAUUCCGAUGCCCUCGAUCGGAUACGGCUCCAACAAGAAGACCAAGCACAUGAUGCCCUCUGGCCACAAGGCCUUCCUCGUCCACAACCCCCGGGACGUUGAGCUUCUGCUCAUGCACAACCGCACCUACGCCGCUGAGAUCGCUCACGCCGUCUCCUCCCGCAAGCGUGUCGACAUCCUCGCCAAGGCCAAGGCUCUCGGUGUCAAGGUCACCAACCCCAAGGGCCGUGUCACCACUGAGGCUUAA